AUGUCAACCCAGAGGCUGAGUUUUCUCUACCCGCACUUGUUUCGCACUGCGAGACUGGGCGAGUCUGCCGCAGGAAGCAGAAGCGGCCGUUGUCGGAGACGAGCCAUUCCCGCUCCCAACGGCUCCUCCCACCAGCCUCGACAUGCUACAGCGCCCUUUGGAACCUCCACGACGUCCAAGAAGGCGAGCUUCGCGCCUCGAUCGGGCAAGGGCAUCGAGCCCAAGCCCUUGGGCUCCGUACAGGAUGCUCCCGCCCUCGAAUCGCACAUGACGGGUUCGAAGCAGCCACUGGGGAAGGUACAGGCUGCGCCAGUCCUUGAGUCGGAUAUGAAGGCGUCAGCUGGGUCCUCUCCCGCUCCCGAGAAGAGCACUGGGGGAACAGGCGCCAGGGAGAGCACACCCCAGCAGAAGAAGGACGCCGCGAAAGCCCUGGAUCCAGCUACGGAUAAACCCAAAGAGACUCUCAGCUCACCAGGCGUCUCCUCCUCAGAGAAGCAAAAGGAAGAAGGCGGCUCCGGAUCACAGGGUCAGGAGGGGCCCCCCAAGGCGAAGCGCGCAAGCGGGCCAAUGGACGCAGUCUUGCACAUGGAACCGCCCGAGGCGCAGAAACCCGAAGACAAACCCCCGCGACUCGCGCCGGCCCCCUACGUCCACCACUUCGACAGCUACUCGCUGGUCAAGCAGCUCGAGGUGGGCGGGUUCACGCAGACGCAGGCCAUCACGGCGAUGAAGGCGGUGCGCGCGCUGCUCGCGCUGCACCUGGACAAGGCGCAGGGCGGGCUGAUCAGCAAGAGCGACGUCGAGAACGAGACGUACCUGUUCCGCGCCGCGUGCGCCGAGCUCGGCACCGAGGUCAAGAACAACCAGCGCGUGUUCGAUGAGCAGCUGCGCCAGCAGCGCACAUUCCUGCAGCACGAGGUGGACAACACGACCCAGGUGCUGAACCAGGAGCUGGCCACGCUCAGCGAUAACGUCAAGGGCAUGUUCAACGACCGGAAGAUGGCCGUCAGAGAGGAGCAGAAGGCCGCAGAGAGCGCCACCCAACAAAUAGCCUACAAGAUUAGCGUCAUACUGAACAGCGAAUCCAAGUCCGAGAUCGAGGCCGUGCGCUGGGUUCUGGCACGGCGCGCCGUCACCGGCCUAUUCUUCAUGGUGACUCUGUCGCUCCUCGUGCUGCGGGUCAGUAACGUCGUCUCGCAGAAGGAGAAGAAGGAAGAGGAGAAGGAGAAGCAGGAGGCCGCAGCCAUCAGGAAGAGCGACGGCAGCAGGGACGUGGCCCAGGCGCCGGACGCCGCGGAGAUAUUGGCGGCGAACUAG